AUGCAGAAGCAAUUCGUCGGUCAAGACGAGGAGGAGGAAGAACAAGCUUCCACGCCGAGCAACAGUCAGGCCACCUUGCUUGACGCGCGCACGACAGGGUCUGCCGCAAAUGCGAGGUUAUUGUUGCGCUUGGACCAGAAGCGCACGGGGAUUUUGUCCAACGUAGACGAUUUGUUAUCCACUGUGACGCAGACGCACUCCAAGCUCAUGUCUGUUGCUGAGGACCUGAAAGAAGUGCUGAACGAGUCCCGACAGCAUGCAGUCUCCAGCGAAGAUGCACUAGCAAAAAGCCGCCUGGCUACGGAAGCAGCCAUCAAGGAACGUGACUCUGCGAUGGCAGCUCAAAAGAAGAUGUCGUCAGAGGCCCUCGACGCAGCAACCCUCGUCCUAAAGCUCCAGGGUGAGGUCGAGGUGGCCAAACAGGACAUUGCACGACUUGACAGCCUACUCGAUUGCACGAAGAAUGCUCUGACAUCCCAGAAGGCCAUGAACAACAAACAACUGAGCCAGCUAGAAAUCCAGGAGACCACCGUGGUACAGUUGCGGGAUGCGUUAAAAGACGCAUCUGGCCAAGCCCAACGGUCAGCGUCCCUGGUGAAGGCCAAAGAAGCCGCCACGGAUGCUGCCAUUCAAGGUCGCAAAGACGCGGAUCGCAGAGCUCGACGCGAUUUGGCCAAGGCGAACGAAAAAUUGAAGUCCCUCCAAGCUGCCAACCAACAGCUGAAAGACGAACUGGCAGCCUCAAUCGAAGUGCAGCAUUCACUCAAGACUAGUCUGUCCGAGGCAAACGAGUCUGCGUCCAGAGUCAGUUCUUGCGUCAAAGACGCUGUUCCAAUGUUUUGGGACUGGGUGGCUUCCAAUUUUCGGCUCAAGAAUGAAUCUCGGGUGGACCAACUGCUCGCUGCAUGGGUGGCCGACGAUCGGGACAUCUUUGCUGAACACAUGGACACUGUGGCCAUCCUAUGGGAAACUGCAUCGUCGCCGCCACGGGCGGCGCCAUUCCUUAACCGAGUUGUUGGCAAGGAUAUCCGUUCCUGGUCUGUCCCUACUCAGCCUUCUGGGGCUUCUGAAACGUCCCCCUCUCUUGUCAAUCCUGUAACCAUGGCCCAGUCGACAGCCCGAGCCAAACGUUCUUUCGACGGUGAUAUCUCAAUCAAGAGUAAGAAAUCCCGUCCGUCGUCUUCCGACCAAGUCAUCCCUCCGGAACCCAACACCUUGCCUCCUGAUGUGGUAUUGGCGUACGAGGCGCUGGCGGAUCAGAAGCCUUGGGAGCGGUAUCAAUCUCAGGAGUCAUUCGUGCCAGUGGCAUUCCGAGUUGAUCCGGUGUGGGCAAGUUUGCAUCAAGCUUUGGUUGAGUUCUGGGCUGUUCAUGCAAGAGCAGUCUGGAAUCGCUGGUACCUUCCGUGUUCCUCCAAAUCGGCGGAUAACGAUGUUGACGCACUCUUGAGUCCUAUGACAAGCCUUGCAGGGUGCCUGUACCGCGUCUUGAAAGCACACGGCCCGGAAUUGAUGCAUUUUCUGAGCUAUCCUCAUGCGUUCUGGCCGGUCUACCUCCAGCAGGCCAUCACUUUGAAGAAGUUGGUCUUGAAUCGAGGUGAAGAAUGCGUCCUAGAGUACCUGAGGUCAUCAGCCCACAAAUGGUGGCCCGACGUUCCUUCAGUGUCCAAAACGAAACCUUGGAGUUCGCCUCCCCAAGCGACUCUCUCAUUUCUCAAAACACGAGUACUCAAGACCCACCACUUGUCCAAGUUCGACCCCUCCGAUCCCAAUGCAUGGACCCUGCAAGCUGUUCGAAAUGCGCUGCAAUGGAUGAUUGAUGUGGCGGAUGGCUUCCAGGCUUCCUCUCACUCCAAGAGCCAGUUCCCGUUUGUACAUGGACCAAAUUGUCAGCCUGCAGAAGGGUCCCAGUGGGCUCACGGACUGACCUUGCCUCUCGGUGUUCCGUCUAGCGCGCAAGGGUCAGGAGACGCUUCGACCGUUUCAAACCCCAAUAAUUCUCCCGACAGUCCCCAACAGCAAAACCACUCUUGA